GGGCUCAGAUUCGUGGAUCGGGGCUGAGUGAAUCACCCCUUAGUUUAUGUGUGUGUCCAGAUAACAAAUAAUUGGCGAAAAUAUUGAAAUUACGCCCUUUCUGUGGACACGGGACACCGUGAAAAGUGCAAGAGUGCUGUGUAUAAUGGCAAAAGGAUCACAUUGCAGUGCACUGACCAUCCUGGGACUGGGCGUGCAGGUGUUUUCGCUCGAAAUCCGUGGCCGUCUGCUCAAUUGAAAAAAAUUGAACGCCACCAUUUUGAUUUUGGAUGGAAGGAGACCCAUCCUCCAUCCCCCGAAGGAUGUCUCAAGAGAUCACCGUUGUGUGUUUUCAGUGAAGGACACUACGCCGUGCUGUGUGUGCGUGAAUUUCUUUUUCGUCAAUCCGUGGGCGAGGACGAAGAAGGAAAAGAAGAAAUCAACCACCCCGUGUGGAACAGUUUUUUGAUUAUUUAUCAGUGCCCAGAGAGACGAGAGAAGAAAGUUUUUUUUUGUGUGUGGUGUGUGGAUAAAAAUCGAUAAGUUCACUGUGAAUUUAGCUAUAUAGGUGCGGUGGAGGCAAGAGAGGGCAACCACACUGCCAGUAUCAUAAAUUUUCUCACAGUGACUCUUAUUUGGUCAGGAAGUGCUCGAGAGUGUGUGCAAUAAAUUCCCCCCUAAACAACGGGUGCAUUACUCCCAGCAGUCAAAGCAUAUUCUGUAGGAGGGCUCCAAACCACUUUGUCACCUGGUGGGAGUGAGCAAGAAGGGGCUGCAAGAUGCCAUCGGCACGCCCUGGCUCACUGAAGGACCCAGAAAUUGCGGAUCUCUUCAAUAAGCACGAUCCGGAGAAGAUUUUCGAUGAUCUCCGUGAAAUUGGUCAUGGAUCCUUUGGGGCUGUCUACUAUGCCAGGUGCAAUCUCACGCGUGAGAUUGUGGCCAUCAAGAAGAUGUCCUACCUCGGGAAGCAAAGCAUGGAGAAGUGGCAGGAUAUUCUCAAGGAAAUCCGAUUUCUUCGGCAACUCAAUCAUGCCAAUACGAUUGAGUACAAAGGAUGCUACCUGAGGGAGAACACAGCAUGGCUCGUGAUGGAGUACUGUGUGGGGUCUGCUUCGGAUAUAAUUGAGGUACACAAAAGGCCACUACGUGAGGAAGAGAUUUCUGCAAUUUGCGAAGGAGUUCUCCGUGGUUUAGCCUACCUGCACCACCUGGGACGGAUUCACAGGGACAUCAAGGCAGGAAAUAUUCUGCUGACUGAGCAGGGAAUUGUGAAAUUGGCAGACUUUGGGAGUGCUGCCAUCAAAUGUCCAGCCAAUAGUUUCGUGGGUACGCCCUAUUGGAUGGCGCCAGAGGUGAUUUUGGCUAUGGAUGAGGGUCAAUACGAUGGGAAGGUGGAUGUGUGGUCACUUGGGAUAACAUGCAUAGAGCUAGCUGAGCGGAAGCCACCGUACUUCAACAUGAACGCCAUGUCGGCUCUCUACCACAUUGCCCAGAAUGAUGCACCAACACUCCAGGGUGAGGAGUGGUCUGAGACAUUUUGCAAUUUUGUCGAAGUUUGCCUCCGGAAGUCACCCUACGAUCGUCCAACGUCGUCCAAAUUACUCUCACACGCCCUCGUGACGCGUUCACGUGCUGGGAAUGUUCUCAUUGAGCUGAUUGCGAGGACAAAGGCCGCUGUGCGGGAAUUGGAUAAUCUGAACUAUCGCAAAAUGAAGAAAAUCCUCAUGAUUGACUCAUGCGAGACGGAGAGUACAAUGGGUGAUGCUGAGGAUACGCCAGAUGAGCAAACUGGUGGCGAUAGUAGCAAGAGCAACAGCAUCACAUCGGAGCACUCAAUGCACUCCGUGGGACCCGUAACAAGCCAAGAUUUGCACUUUCACUCCCAAUCGGCAAACUCCAUUCAGGGGAUACAUUCCCUUGGGCCGGGCGCUAUGGGUGGCAUGGGGAUGGGUGGGCAGGGAAGUAGUGGGCAACAUGGUAUGAAUAUGGGCGCAAUCACGCGCAAUCCAUCGCGCAAUCGGAUGCCACCGUUGAUGCAUGCCAACAGCACACCGUCGCCGGUGAAUCACAUUGGGCCGCCAGGUGGGCAAAUGAUGCCGGGUGCAUCGAGAAUUAGUGGUAUUCAUCAGCAUGAGCAUCCUGGAGUGCAGCAACAGGCCAUGGUGAAUGCAAUGCACGAACAUGGACCCAAUAAUUUUGCCACCAUUCGCACCACGAGUAUCGUGACGAAGCAGCAAAAGGAGCACAUGCAGGAGGAAAUGCAUGAACAAAUGUCGGGAUACAAGAGAAUGCGCCGAGAGCAUCAAGCUGCACUUUUGAAGCUUGAGGAGAAGUGUAAAGUAGAGAUGGAAGCUCACAAGGCAGCUCUGGAUAAGGAAUACGAUGCACUUCUUCAUAAUUUCACAAGAGAACUCGAGAGAUUGGCUCUAAAGCAUCAGCAGGAGAUUGAAAGGCGAAUUAAGCAGAACAAUGUGGCAGAGAAGAAGCUUUUCAAGGAGAUCUCGAUGAAGCAUGAGAGCGAUAGGAAGGCAUUUGAUUUACAUAGGAAAAAAGAGUACAAGGCGAACAAAGAACGGUGGAAGCGUGAAUUGUCAAUGGAUGAAUCAACGCCCAAGCGUUUGCGCGAUGCAACAUUGCAAUCGCAAAAGGAGAACUUGAAGCAGGCUGAGGCACAAGAGGAACAACGACUUCUCAGGGUGCAAAAGAAUUACAUUGAGUUGGAAAUGAGGAAGUUUAGAAGGAGAAAGACACAAGUUCUUCAUGAUUUGGAGAAUCAACUCUUGAGAGAUGAAUUGAGUAAGAAACAACAGCAGCUUGAGCAGGCUCACGGGAUGCUGCUGAAACACCACGAAAAAACUCAAGAGUUGGAGUAUCGACAGCAAAAGAGUGUCCACAAUUUGCGCGAGGAGCAAAUAACGAAGCAACAUUCAACGGAAUUGCAAAACCAAAAGGACUACAUGGAUCGUGCGGAGAAGGAACUCAUGCGGAAGCAUGCAUUGGAAUUAAAGCAGCAACCGAAGAGUUUAAAGCAAAAAGAACUUCAAAUACGUAAACAGUUUCGUGAAACGUGCAAGACACAAACGAGACAAUAUAAAGCGUUAAAGGCGCAAAUAUUGCAGACAACACCGAAGGAUGAACAAAAAGCUGUGAUAAAACAAUUGAAAGAGGAGCAACAUCGCAAAUUAACUCUUCUUGGUGAUCAGUAUGAGCAGAGCAUUGCAGAUAUGCUGCAGAAACAGAGUUUGCGUCUGGAUGAGAGUCAGGAGCUUGAAUGUCAGCAGCUGAAGGAUAAGCUAAUGUACGAAUUGGAAAUCCUUAUGGCCUAUCAGAAUAAGAAUCGCAUGCAAGCUCAGGCACAGAGAGAUCGCGAGAGGAAAGAACUCGAAGAUCGGGUUAAUGUAAGGAGGGCUCUGCUUGAGAAUAAGAUGGAGGCUGAAUUGCAGCAAUUCAGUCAGGAGCGCACUGAACGAAUUCGGGAAUUGCAUGAGAAGCAUGAGAAAGCCAUGGAGAGCUUCAAUGAAGAAUCCGCUCGAAUGGGUUUCAGUGCCCUCGCUCUGGCAGAGGCAUCCAAGGAAACAUAUCCGGAUGAAGAGGGAAGCUUGUCCGGAUCCAUGAUAAGCUUAGCCCAUAGCAAUAGUUCAACAAGUUUCCCCGCGGGUUCUCUCUAGCAGAGCGACCACAAUUCAGAUUCAUGGAAGAGGCGUUCAAUGUAGAUAUAUUUACAAUAGUUUUUUUUUUAGAAACGAGAGAAUAUAGAGUAUAAAAAAAAUUUUUCUCUGAGUUUCCUACCCCCCAACGGAAUAAAAAAGAUUUUUAAGGAAGAAAAUAUACAUAAUAGAUUUAAUCUACAGCGGAAAUGGAGUUUUUGUUCAUAAUACAUCGUUCCAUAGAUGAGGAUUAUUUGUUUUUUCUUAGAGAAAAUUCUAAUCCUACACACAUUCAGUAAAAUGAAGAAAAAAAUCCAAAUAAUUAUAAAACAUUAAUCUUAAACAAAAAAUAGAGUUCGUGAAAAGUUCUUUAGCAAUUAAACAAAGAUAUUGAAAAAAAAAAGUAUAUUUCUCUCGCAAAAUUUGUAAACAUAUUAAUAUAAAACAUUCGAAUACGAAUGAAAUACUCACAGUAAAAAGUAAUAUGUUGCGAAAACAAUUAUGCAGAGAAAUCAACCACGUAGUCCCAUCCCAAUACACAUUAUUUGCAGGAAUGGAUGAGGGGAUAGAGAGGGGAGAAAUAUGUAAAAGUAAGUAGUUUAGAACAAGAACAAGUAAAAUGAAGAAAAAAAACAUACACAUUAAAUAAGUCCUUCAGAAUAAUAAUCAUAACCAAUUAACAUGAUAGAAAAAAAGCAUAUUUUUGUAUUCGUAGGCCGGAAUUUGGAAAAAAAAGAAGAUUUAAGAAAAAAUCGCGAUAAAUUGCCUAUCCUCUCCUAAUUUUUAUUUUGAAAAAUCAAUGAAAAAUAAAGUAGAUUUAUCUUUGGACUAAAAAAGGAGUUAAGAUAGAGCAUGAAAAAAUCCUACUAAAUUAUUACAUUCAUCAUUAAAGGAAAAUCUUUAAAAGAAAAAUUAGUGUUGCUUCAUGUUGCAAAAAAAAGGCAAAGAUAGAAAUUAACGAGAAAAUCUGGAAAAGUCUUUUUAUCAAAAUGAAGGGAGAAAAUUAGAAGAAGAAAACAGUGACAAUUAUUUUCUUAAAGCUAGUCUUCCUAUUUCGUUGUUAUUUGCGCUUAUGUUUCGACAGAGAUGGGAGAAUGAUGCGAAAAAGAGAGAGAGGAAAAGAAGUUAGAUUAGAAAAGUCGCUUUUAAUUUAAAAUAAAAUGAUAGCAUAAAAUGAAUUAUAAGAACAGAAAAAAUUUCAAAAAAAAGAAUCACCGUUUUUAACCCACAAACAGGUAUUUUGAGCCUAAGAAAUAUUGCGAUAAGUUUUCAUUUUGAAUGUGCAAAUGAGGUAAGAUUUUAUGGAAAUUUACCUAAUCGGAAAUUCUUUUUUUUUCUUUGUUAAAUGUUGAUUUUAAGGCAACGGGGGUUGAUUCUAAUAAAAAUCUUUUCUUUUCUAUUUUAACAAAUUAAAAGUUGUUAAAUCGUUCUAUUGUCGUUCUAUAAAAAAACAAAGAAUUUUUCUUUAAGAAAACGUUCAGAAAGAUCUUUUAAGAGCGAUGGAAAAGUAAUUUUCUUUCAAAAACCCGAUUAAAGAAACAAAUAAAAUUACAGAAUCUUAUAAGAUUUUUCCCAGAAUACCAAAAAUCUUACAACUGACGAAUUGUGAGAUAAGAAAAGAUUUUUCAAUAUUUACCCGUAAUGCCGAUUCUCCUUAAAAAAAUCUUUUAUUUCCUUAAAAGUAUAAAAUUGUAAGAUUAUGACAGUUUGUUCUCUUUCAAAUAUUUUUUUAUUGAGUUUUUUUUUAUCUUUUUCUAAAGAUUAAAAAAAUAAUAAAAAUGGUCUUCUUUUCAAUUUGAAAGAAAAUAACAAGAAAUUAAGAUUUUUGAUUAAUUGUAAAAUCCAUUGCAAAGGAUAAAGAAAAGAAAAAAUAAGUAUUUAGGCAAAUUUUCUUAAAUCUUAAGUCUCAUUAAGACAAGCUCUCAUUAUUAAAUUAUUUAAAAGUCACAAAAUUCCGCAGUUCAUUGUAAAAUCGCAAUCUUUAGGAGUUCUAGGUACUUGGACAUUUUAUUUGAUCUAAAAAAAUACAAUUUUAAAAUAUAUAUUUCGAGUGCUCUAAAUUCUCUAAAGAUUGCUUUUUUAUCGCUUAAGAAAUUUCAAAAGACAAAGAAUAUAAAUUAAAAAACAAAACAUGUACAGAACAGUAACUUAGCGCUUGAAUUAUUUAAAAAUUUAGCUAAAUAAAUUCAAUUUUUCUUUGCAAAAUUCUCAGUAAAUGUAUAAAAAUUAUACAGCAUCAUAAAACAAACUUUUUUUGCAGAUUGCAAAAUGAAUUAAAAAAAACAAAGAUAAUUAACAAAUCACACACACAAUACAUAAAAAAAAAUGAAAAUUACCUUAUUUUAGAAAACCUCCUAAAACAUUAUAGGAUAUUAAAUUAAUUACCUAAUCUUAAUAACAAAAAAAGAGAAAAAAAAUAUUAUAAAAAGCUAGAAAAAAAGAAAGACGUAGGGAGAUAAAAAUUUAGAAUGAAGAAUAAAAGAGUUCAAGUAGAUUGAAAAAAAAUGCUAUGUAGAAAUUCGUCGCGAUUUUCAUUUUGUUUUUUUUUUAGUUUUUUUUGUAAUUCAAUUGUUAUCUUUUAUCUUAAAUAUUAUUUAAAAGAAAAGAAUGUGUAUUUUUUCGAAUUCGCGAAAUUCUAUAAUAUGGAAAAAAUACGUGAAAAUGUUAGAAGAUGAAAAAAUGUGCUGUAAAAAUUUUAAUUUUGUUAAAUAUUUUUAUUCGUUAUGUAAUUUUUUUUCCAUUUCUUCGUCCUUUUCACUCCAACUUUUCCUUCCUUUCAUGAUUUUUAAACAAAUGAAAAUUUAUUUAUUAGAGCGCAAGAGAAUAUAAAAGAGAGAGAAAAGGGAUGUGGAGAAUUUCUUGAGAAAAAAGAAAUUUGAAAAGCGGUAAAUAAUUCUUUUAGGUUAAAGAAAAUUAAAAAAAACACAAAAAAGUCCUUGUUUUAAAUUUUGCUGAAAGAGCGAUGAUAAAAAUAAUAUAGAAAUGAGAAAAGAAAGCAUAAAGAGAUAAUAAUGUGGGAAAGAGAUGUGAGAAAGAAAGUGUGUGAGAAAUGAGGAAGACAUUAGUUAUUGCUCUAAAUUAUUAUGUAGUUAAUGAUAUUUUUUGUUUUGUCGAUGUGUCAAUUUAAAUUAAAUUGCAGACUCUGAAAAGGAGACAGAAAGUAUAUAAAGAAAAGGAUGCAUGAAAAUUGUCUUCUAUAUGGGAUGGUGGAAAAUGAAAGGGAGGAAUGUCUUUGCAAGGAAUCACAUUAAAGGAGUUUUUAUGAUUUUGGAAAUACUUAAUUAUUUUUCAAUUGAACAGCACUUACUCAAAAUUGAUUUAUUUUUUUCAAAAGCCCUUAAACAGUUUGAUCAGUCUUCUAUAUGGCAGGAAAAAUGAAGAUUUAGAAAGAGAAAGUUAAUUGGAAUUUUCUCCGUUAAAUUAGAUAAGCGUUUUGCUUUAUAUGGCGUCUAAAAUGAGCUUUAAUGCAGAAAUAAUCCAAAAAGCUUAACUAAUAAAAACUUCAAAUUAAAAGGUUUUCAAAAGUCAUUUUUAGAAAAUUAAAAAAAGGAACAAAACUACAGUCAAACCUUAAACAAAACCCUAAUUUAUCAAUUUUUCUCUUUCAAGAAAAAGGGUUUUUUUUUCUUUCAAGUAAAUAUGAAACAUAUCUUGUUUUUUUUUUAUCACAUGGCAUGUAAAUAUUGAAUGAGUAAAAUAUUGAUUUCUUAUCACCACAAUGAAAGAAAAGUUGAACUAAAUAAAUGCGAUAAAAGUAGCGUUGACUCUCAAAACUUUGAUCCAAAAUCAAACUUGCGUUGGCGUAUGCACGCAUGAAAAUUAAGUAUAUAGUGGAAACACAAAUCAUUUCAUUAUUUAAAGAAGAAAAACUCUAAUCAAAUAGACGAAAUAAAAGCAAAGAAUGAUAAAACUAUAAAAUGAAAAAAAAAAAAAGAAAAAUAUUCUGUAAUAAUUAUUACACAAUUAAACCUCAAGCAGUGAGUGAAGAUUUUUCUGUGGAAAGAGAUAAAAAACUACAUAAAAAAUAGUAAUGUAAUUUAUUUAAUAAUUAAUUCAAAUUGUUUAUGCGUGUUUUUAUCUCCAAAAAAUACUAUAUAGAGAUGCGAGAGUGGAAUGUGGCGUGGAAGGACAAAAAUAGGAAAUAUUCAUUUUGAAACCAUAUUAAAAAAAAUGAUGAAAAAUAAAAGAAAAAUUCUAUAAAAUA